AUGAAUUCAGUAUUCAUAAAUAUGGAUGAGUCAAGAGGAGGAGGUAGGAGAGUUGAGAAGAGAGUUUACGACGAAGAAGAUGAUGAUGGUAUGCCUCAAUCGAAGAAACCCAAAGUACCGGGUUUAGCGAGUGUAAUUGUGGAAGCUUUGAAGGUCGAUAGCUUGCAAAGACUUUGCUCCUCUUUAGAGCCUCUUUUCCGUAGAAUUGUAAGUGAAGAAGUCGAGCGUGCUUUGACUAGAUUUGGACAUGGUCAAAUUGAUGGAAGAUCUUCACCACCAAGAAUACAAGGUCAAGAAGGAAAAGUUUUACAGCUUGAAUUUAGAACAAGGAUGCCACCUCAUCUAUUUACAGGUGGCAAAGUUGAAGGGGAGCAAGGAGCAGCUAUACAUGUUGUGUUGUUAGAUGCAGCCACAGGCAAUGUGAUGCAAACUGGAGAAGAAUCAUCAUCAAAACUGAAUGUAGUAGUGCUUGAAGGUGACUUCAAUGAAGAAAGCAAUGAAAACUGGAGCACUGAGCAUUUUGAAAGUCAUGAAGUCAAAGCACGUGAAGGAAAAAGACCACUUUUAACAGGGGAGACACAAGUCACAUUAAAUGAAGGAGUUGGAACUUUGGGUGAUCUUACUUUUACUGAUAAUUCAAGUUGGAUUCGAAGUAGAAAGUUUAGGCUUGGUUUGAAGGUGGCUUCUGGAUAUUGUGUUGGAAUUAGAAUUCGUGAAGCUAAAACUGAGGCCUUUGCUGUUAAAGAUCAUAGAGGAGAACUGUACAAGAAACAUUAUCCGCCUGCUUUACACGAUGAAGUUUGGAGAUUGGAUAGAAUAGCAAAAGAUGGAGCAUUGCAUAAAAAGUUAAUGAAUUCUGAAGUUAUAACUGUAGAGGAUUUUCUCCGUGUUCUUGUUAGGGAUCCACAACGACUGAGAAAUAUUCUAGGAAGUGGAAUGUCAAAUAGAAUGUGGGAAAACACAGUUGAGCAUGCAAAGACUUGUGUUUUAGGAGGGAAGUUGUAUGUAUACUAUGCAGAUUUAGGUCACACCACUGGUGCUAUCUUCAACCACAUUUAUGAGCUAAGAGGUCUCAUUUCAGAUGCUCAAUUUGUUCCAUUGGAAUCACUUAACCACAACCAAAAGAUUUCAGUAGAUUCACUUGUGAAACGAGCAUACGAGAAUUGGAAUAGAGUUGUAGAAUACGAUGGGAAAGUUUUAAGCGCAUUAACUUACCCUUCUCCACCUACUCACAACUUGAUUGAAUAUCCAUUUAUAAGUUCCGAUCAAACUCAAACACUAAGUGGUGGUGGUGGUUCAUCAACCACCACCACCACCCACCAAUCAUCACCACCCACCCACUAUGACUAUGUGCCCGGUGCACCAUCUACCUUCACCGGUUCAGAUGGUUGGUCGAGCCAGAGCCCAGACGAUGGACACGGGUUCGGUGACUCUUUCUCGGAGGAAGUCCGGUUAAGAAGCUCAGAGAUGUUGGAAACUGAUGAUAUGCAAAAGCUACUCAGAAGCUUUGGGGUUGGUGUAACCGCGUCAACUUUUGGUGUUUGUGACAACGGUUCAUACGGUUAUCAUAACCAUGUUGCUCAUGAACCACAGGUGGGUCCGGUGGUUCAUGGGCGUGGUUCAGGGAAGGCGGUUGUUGGGUGGCUUAAACUCAAGGCUGCAUUAAGAUGGGGGAUUUUCAUAAGGAAGAAAGCUGCAGAAAGAAGAGCUCAACUUGUUCAGCUUGAUUGAUUGACUUCAAAUAGUUGACUCAUGUGUAGUAGUAGUAAUAGUAGUACUUAUCUAUGUAACACUAAAU